CCUCGUCAGGGACUAUGUCUGCCGACAUUGAACUUGGGCCACAGCAUGGCCUCCAGCUGUCUCUCCAACUCCACUUGUAAAACUGUAUCAAGUGUAUCUGAGGUGCUGCAGCUGUGUUCAGAGGAUGCAGAGGAGACUCUGUAUGAGCUGGGUUUUGGCUAUGAUGAGCCACAGGUCACUGUGCGUAUCCCUCCUCGCUUCUUCACCUUCCCCUCUCAGGCUCAGGGGAUCAACUUCCGUCUUUUUCUGGAUUCACAGCUGCGGCGGAUACGAGAGGAGGAUCCUAGUCUGUCUCUCGCUAGUCGUUUCAGACAAGUUCAAGUGCUCACCGCAAUGGCCAAUGCUUUCUACUCCCUCUACUCCCAUGUGUCCCGCACCCCUCUCCAGAAACUGGCCACACCAGAAUUCACCUUUUCCUCAUCUCCUGUGGAAAAGAUUGAACGCUUCAGGAACUGCAUCCGCAGCGAGCCACGCUCUCCUGUGGAGAGACUGAAGGACACCGUCUCCAAGAUGUGCCUCUACACAGGGUCUCCUCGUGGAUCAGACUCCACCUCGCCACAGCCCUCACCUAGGAAAAGGUCAAGUCUCCCUGACGUUGUAGGUAUAGUGCUGGAUAAGGCCAAGACUGGGCCUGCCAAGAAACUGGAUUUGGGGGUAAAUAAUCAGGGCAAUUCAGCUGAGGAUGUGAGGCAGGUUACGGAUGUUGAUACGUCCUGUAACAGUGGUCAAGAACAGCAAACACAGCAGACUGCGGAGGACACAGACAAUCUUGUAAAUGGAAAUAAAAUCUGUCAUGAGGAGAUGCAGGACAGUAAACCAACAGAUAAUGUUGAUGAUGAUAAAAAAAUCAUCAAAAAAACAGACUCUCAAAGCAUGAUUAACAGUUCAAGAACAUCUCUGGCGUCAUCGUUAUCAGGAGAAACUGUGAUAGAAACAGAUCAUCAGUUUCUUUCAUGUCAGUCUGAGCUGGACUCAUGUUUGCCUCAAAGUGACACAAGGACAGCUGAUAUGAAACCAGUUGCCAAGGUUACGUUUGACCUAAUCUGUCCACAGAUAGUGGAGAGUGUACACCAGGCGCCUUUCUGCCAUCAGCACGCACACACUGUGAAAACAAACACCGUACCUCAUAGCUCCUCUGGGACAGAAAGCAUAGAUAGAUCAUGUUCUGUAUCACAGAGACCUCAUGUCCAAAACAUGACUCAAACAAAUGUCUCUGAGCCUGAUAAGGACUCAUACACAGGCUCAGGUGAUGUUGCCUCUUCAGGGGAAGACACACAGGUGGAUGUAUCCAGAUCAGUUCCUGUCCUUGACCCUAAUGGUAGCUACACCCAUUACUGCAUCACUGUGACUGGCUGGGAAAGUGACAAAGUUUCUUCCUGUUCCUUGAACACACCACAUUCCAGUCAUACCUCAAAUGCCAAGCGUGUUCAGACUGGUGAGGAGUCCUCUAGCAAGAACCAGUAUCUCAUCCCACUGACUCUUCAGGCCCUGGGGCACAACUCCAAUAACCUACAACAGGUUAACUCCUUUGAGCUGGAGGAGGUGCAUAGUGCAGGAGAGGAAGAUUUUGGACAAUCAGAAACUACAAGGACAACAACCUCACCAUUGGCCACAAAACAACAAUAUAAAGGUGCAGUGGCCCGGGGUGACAGUAUUCAGUCAGACAGCAGUGGCUACGCAGAUGAAGAAGUCAGCCCUGUGUCAGACAGACAUCACAGAUGACAGGAAACCUGGAAAUCCAUGAAAACAAACAUCGAAGGGAUGUUUGUCACCAGCAGACUUGAGGACAAGAAUUUCCUAUAAAAUAUUUGGAAAGUGUUUCAGUGAAACCGACUACAUUUAAAUACCUUUAAAGGUUGUGUAAGACCUGGUCCCAUGAGGUUUCAGAGG